CAACUGCUACAGGAGGCAGGCCACAAGAGAGGAGCUUUCUUCUAUACAUCUACACACAAGUUUUCCACUUGGUGGGCCGCAGUCCCGGGAAAACCCCCCCAUUUGCCCUGGAACUGGACUGAGCACAUGUCUGCAAAUGACCUCUUCAUAAAAUACUCAGUACAGUUCAUAUAUUGUGGACAGAAGUGGAGGAGAACCAGACCCUAAGUGUGCUGCAGGCUGAAGAAUACGAUGUGGUCUGGCUGUGCGCUCAGUGUGUGGCAUGUGCUUGUGUUGGUGCUGUGUGUGUCUUCGAAUGAGGACUUCGACUGGACAAAGAACGACCAUGGCUCCUUCUAUUAUGGCACUUUUCCAGCUGGAUUUUCGUGGGGUGCCGGCAGUUCAGCCUAUCAAACAGAAGGAGCCUGGGAUAAGGAUGGAAAAGGACUGAGCAUCUGGGAUGUGUUCAGCCACAAGAGGGGCAAAAUUCAACAAAAUGACACUGGGGAUUCUGCUUGUGAGGGCUACUACAAAGUCAAGGAUGACGUGUCACUGAUGAGAGAGCUCAAGCUGAACCACUAUCGCUUCUCCAUCUCCUGGCCUCGGCUCAUUCCCACAGGCAUAAAGUCCGAUCAUCUCAAUGAAAGAGGAAUUCAGUUCUAUGAUGAUCUGAUCGAUCACCUGCUGGGCAGCAAGAUCACUCCCAUUGUGACUUUGUAUCACUGGGAUCUCCCGCAGGUCUUGCAAGAGAGAUAUGGUGGAUGGCAAAACAUAAGCAUGGUCACACAUUUCAAUGACUUUGCCAACCUGUGCUUUGAAAGAUUUGGCAACCGGGUCAAACACUGGAUUACGUUCAGCAAUCCAUGGUCUGUAGCAGUGGAAGGCUAUGAAACAGGUGAGCAUGCUCCUGGACUGAGGACGAGAGGAACUGGAGCAUACCGGGCUGCCCAUCACAUUAUUAAGGCUCAUGCUAAAGUUUGGCACACGUAUGAUACGCAGUGGAGGCCAAAACAAAAUGGUCUUGUGGGCAUCUCCCUGACAGCAGACUGGGGAGAGCCUGUAGACAUCAGUAACCAGAAGGACAUCGAAGCAGCAGAGAGAUACGUCCAGUUCUCCCUUGGCUGGUUUGCAACGCCAGUCUUUCACGGAGACUACCCUCAAGUGAUGAAAGACUUCAUUGGUAGAAAAAGUGUCCAGCAGGGUCUCGGGGCGUCUCGUCUGCCCACAUUCUCCCCCCAGGAGAAGAGCUACAUCAAGGGUACUUGUGACUUCCUGGGUAUCAGUCACUUUACCACACGCUAUAUCACCCAGAAGAAUAACCCAUCGGGUCGUGGCACCAGCAGCUUCUUCAUGGACCGUGACUUGGCUGAGCUGGUUGACCCCCAGUGGCCUGACCCUGGCUCAGAGUGGCUCUACUCUGUGCCGUGGGGUUUCAGACGCAUGCUCAAUUUUGUUAAGACUCAGUAUGGAAACCCAAUGAUUUAUGUGACUGAGAAUGGAGUCUCAGAGAAAAUGCAAUGCACAGAACUGUGUGAUGACUGGAGGAUACAGUACUAUAAAGACUACAUCAAUGAGAUGCUAAAAGCUCUCAGAGAUGGCGUGAACCUCAAAGGUUAUACUGCAUGGUCCCUGCUGGACAAGUUUGAGUGGGACGAAGGCUUCACUGAGAGGUUUGGCUUGUAUUAUGUGGACUUCAGGAACAAGAACAAGCCUCGCUAUCCUAAAGCUUCUGUUCAGUUUUACAAACGCAUCAUCAGCUCCAAUGGAUUUCCGAAUCAGAGAGAAGUUGAGAACUGGAGGAGGAAGGCUGUGGAGACAUGCUCAUCAAGUAACCAGCUCCUAGCUGCAGCUAGAAGAAAGGCAACGGAACAUGCAGAAAAGCCAAGGGUUUGGCCUGUGCAUGAUGAAGUUUAGAACUUGAUUGAGGACCCACUGACCAGCCACAUGGAGAUGGUAACGGAGAUUGUUGUUCCGACUGUGUGCACACUCUCCAUUUUAUUGAGUGCCAUCUUCCUCAUGUUCCUGCUACAGAGGCGGAACUAAAUGGUGCAACAAUCACAACCCCAGAAUACACAACCACUAAGAGAAGAAGUGGAACAGAUAUUUAAUGGAUUGUGUGUUAACAUAAAAAUGUUAUUUUGACUGAAUUUCAAUUUGAUGUGGAAACAGUGUUUGCUAUAACAAAGCUGCAAAAUUUUUAAUCUUCCCAUUAAAACAUUGCUGUGAAAUAUC